CCCUAGGUUCUUGCUGUUUCUGCCUGAUUCAUGGGUGAUCAGUAACGGACCAUGAAAUGAUAGCUCGUCAUGAGUCCUGAUCCCUUUCUACCGUGACGUUCCUGAAGUUACAUAAGCACAGUAAAGAUCCACCACUUCGGCUUGUCGUUUCUAAAAGUGGCAAUUUUGAUACGUAGAUUCCGGAUUACUUCGGACAUGGUCAGGCGGAAUUGUGGUAUUUUCAGUAAUCGUAGCAAGCAGUGUCCCAUUAACGAGCGCGAUAGUGCUGUAGUAUCGUGUUUCUGGUAGUGAUACGGGACAAUGCCGCAUUAGGGAGCGCUGCAGUGCUGUAUGAUUGUAUCCCCAGCAGUGAUGCGGAUUAAGGGCGAAGGAUGGCGACGUCAGCUCGUCGCAGGGCCGGAUUCGCCAGUCGCAAAGCGUCGCGAGCGGCCAAGGUGUUCGCCUGGCUGGUCGACGACGCUGACGAGUCUCAGGCGACGUUCGGCUGCGAUUCAUCGCCUGGUAGCAAUCCCACGCCUGGAUCCGUCGCUGAUGUAGCCCCAAAACAGGAUCUUCAGGCCCAAAGAAAGCCGCUGCUAAUUGAGUCGAUUCCCAGUACACAUGACGCCCAAAAAACGGAUGGACAGGCACAACGAAUCCAGCCGACGCAGCAUCGAGAUGCACGUGAAGGCCAUGAGAGGGGAAUGGCGACAGACCAGAAUCUAGAGAUUCACAAGGAGCAGACGGAGCAUCAGGAUGCACGUGAAGGCCAGGAGGAUGGAAAGGAGGCAGACCAGCAGCUGGCAGUGAUGCUCAAGGAGCGCAUUGGGAACCAAGGCACAGAGACGAAGGGUGACUCUGCAAAUGAUGACUCUGCAAAUGAUGACCCUGCAAAUGAUGACCCUGCAAGGCGGAACGACAAAGCUGCUGAGAACGACAAGGCGGCUGCUGGGAUGCAGAGGGAGAAAGGUCAAGCGGAGCACGAGCAAGUCAAGAAGGAUCCUGCAGGCAGCAUAGCAGCAGGACGAAGGGCUGCUGAACGCUCACUGGUCGAAUCAGCAGGAGCCAAACCAGGAGGAGUCAAACCACCAGCAAAUGGUUCUGUUGCACCUGCUCUGGUCAAGGCUGGCCGAGAAGCAGCAGACGGGGCAGGCGUGGACGGUGAUGAUUCGUCUCUCCUUCCAUUGGACGUCCACGAUGGUAACAGUGCGAACCGGCAAGCGGCCAUUCAGUGCCGUGAGGCGCUUAAAACAGUGGCAGGCGUGGACGGUCGUGAUUCCUCUCUCCUUCCAUUGGACGUCCGCGAGCGAAUCAAGGCAAACCGGCAGGCGGCCAUUGAAAGACGAGCAGAGAGGCUGAGGCAGCAGGUGGAGGGGGGGGUGGAGAACGGUGAUAAGGGGAAGCAGCAGCAGCAGCACCUCCAGGACCAGCAGCAGCAGCAACGAGCACCAUCGUACCAGCAGCCUCAUAAGCCAGAGCAGCAGCUUCAGGGCCAGAGCCAGCAACAAGUGCAACAGCAGCAUCGGCAGCAACCAUCAGAUCACCACUGGAAUCGAGCACAGGAGCAGCAGCAGCAGAAGCAGCAGCAGCAUCCAGCACAGCAGCAGCAGCAGCAUCCAGCACAGCAGCAGCAGCAGCAUCAAGUGCAGCAUCACCAGCACCAAUCACAGCAGCUGGGACCAUUGGCUCCAUUGCAGGUGUCCUUGGAGCUCGUUUCAGCAGACGAGUUCUGUCUCUUCGCAGAUUGGGUGACAAACGGGACUGUUUAUAAGGAGUACAUGAGAAGGGCCCGAGGAGAAGGGGGUCGAGGGUCGGGUGGGAGCGGCAGCAGACAAUUUGUUAUAGGUAGAGAGAAUCAAAAGAUACCAGUGACUGGGGAUGCAGCUAAUACUGGGUGUUCUUAUAACGAGAAGUCAGUGCAGCAGAGAGAGAUUGCAGGAAGGCCUCAGAAAGCUACAGACGGGAAAUCAGCGGGCAACAGGAGGAUGGGGUUAGACCACCAGGGUGCCCUUGCGUUCUGCACGCGCUUCGUCAAGGCUCAACCAAUCCGGUGGCAGCACGUGGCAACAGAGGCAUCAAGGGGCGUCACCCGCCUGGCUCAACCAAUCCGGUGGCAGCACGUGGCAACAGAGGCAUCAAGGGGCGUCACCCGCCUGGUGCCUGUGUUCCCCCUUCGAUUCUACGACUCCCUCCUCUUCACCCUCCGCUCCAUCCCUCCCUUCCAAGCCUUCCAACCGCUGCUCCCGAACCAACUCCCGGACCAGUCCCGGUCCAUCCCUCCCUUCCAAGCCAAGCUCCCGGCCCAGGGCUCCGACCUGUCAGGCUCGUUGGUUCCCUCACAUAGCGAGCGAGUGAGCGUGGGAGUGAGGAUACAGGGCGUGCCUGUGAGUACGUUGGCUGCGUUAAGGGAGAGCAAGGAGAGGGAGAGGUUGAGAGGGAUGGUGGAAACAGCAGAAGCAGUGGCUGAUGCAGAAGCAGGAGAGGCAGAGGCAACUUCUAGAGGUGUGGGAGCGAAUCUCGGCUCAGCUCUGUGCUCUAGUGCUGCUGGUGACACUGGUCUGGAAGAUGGCUCGGCGACUGGUUCGGCAAACGGUUCGUUACCUGGUUUAGCACCUGGUUCGGCACCUGGUUUGACAAUAGGUUCAGUGCGAGGUUCGGCAAGGAGUGUGCUGGAUCGGGAGAUGGAGCGGCGGCUGCCAGGUCAGCUCCGGCGAGCGCUGCUGCCAUUCCAGAGGGAGGGGGUGAAGUUUGCCGUGCAGAGAGGAGGGCGGUGCUUGAUUGCGGACGAGAUGGGAGUCGGCAAGACAAUACAGGCCAUAGCAGCAGCAGCAUGGUACAUGGCAGAGGGCCCUGUCCUCAUAGUGUGUCCGGCGUGCCUCAGGCUGCAGUGGGCCGAGCAGCUGGAACGAUGGCUGCCCUUCCUGCGGCCUUCCCAGAUCCACGUGGUGUUUGGACAGCGGGACGAUCUAGUGGAGGAGGACCCAGGGGAGGGGUCUCCUGGCGUUGGCACGGAUGGCAGCAUGAAGGGGCACACGGACAAGGCAAAUGGCCGAGGUGCGCUGGUGAAAGUCCUACAGCCCUGCCCUGCCACUUCCAAGGCAAUUGGCCAAGCCCCAGCAGUGGUGAUCACAUCAUUUACCAUGGCAGGGCGGCUGAGACGAACGCUGAUGAGGAGGCGAGGGGGUUGGGGCAUGGUGAUAGUGGACGAGGCUCACGUCCUCCGGACUGGCAGGAAGCCGUACGACUGUUUGGAGACUCGAGUGGUGGUGGAUGUCAUUCGGCGCACCAAGCGUGCCAUCCUGCUCACCGGCACUCCGUCCCUCUCCAGGCCGUUUGACAUGUUCAACCUGGUCGACAGCCUCUGGCCCGGGUUGCUCGGCAUGUCCAAGUACGAGUUUGCCCGAAACUACUGCGACAGGGAGAGGGACAGCAAGGACUUUUCGAGGGGUAUUCGCCUUCGCGAGCUGCACAUCCUACUGUCACACACCGUCAUGAUUCGGCGGCUCAAGUCUGAGGUGGUACUCCAGCUGCCACCUAAGCGCCGCCAGGUCAUCAGGCUGCGCCUGGAGCCAGUUGACGUGGCACUUGCGGUCCAGAGAGUUGCUGAGCUGUCAGGGGGAGAUGCUGUGGCGGAUGCAAAUGAACGGUCUGAGGAUGAUGGAGCCGAGGGGGAGGAGGGAGGGGAGGGGGAAGACGAGGAAGGAGGAGAGGAGACGGGAGAGGGAGUAGAAGUUAGAGGAGGACGGGAGGAGGGAAGGGAAGAUGAUGAUGAUGACGGUGAUGAUGGGGACGAAGAAAAGGAGCUGGAGGAAGAGAAAAGAAUGGGUGAAUGUGGCAACAAGGAGUCGGAUGCGGAAAGGAGCAGUGAGCCCAGGAUUGAGACUUGUAAGGCGGGUAACCGGCAAGGAAAAUCUAGGAUGCAGGCCGCAGGCGAGGGUAUGCAUGUGAGAAGGAGCAAGGGGAAGAGUGGGCGAGAUUCAGCUCAAGCUGCCACUACUGCUGGAGCAGCGACCGUUGGUCCCCCUCCCAUGAGCAGUGAGGGUGGUGGGGGUGGCCUCAGCACAGCGCCGGGGUCUGUGAGUGGCGGUGCAACGGAUGGGAAGAGGGCCUUAAGGGCCAGAAGAGGGAGGGUAAGUGCUGGAGAGGAGGAGGGAGCAGGGCAGAGGAGUGAGAGGAAAGAGAGGAAGGGGGGGAAGAUAAAUGGGCGGAUGGUUGAGAAGAUGGUGAUAUUCGCCCAUCAUCACGUGGUGAUGGAUGCACUGCAGGCUGCUGUGUACCGCAUUGCCGCUGCGAGCAUUCUGGGGAGUGGGGCUGAGGGGGAGGAGGGGAGUCGGAUAGCAGGGGGAGAAGGUGAGGGAGAGGAGGAGGGAGCAGAGGAAGGGAGUGCAGAUGGGAACUCAGAGGGGAGGGAAAGGGGGUCUGACAACACUACCAACUUUACCAAGUUGGCCAAGCCUACUGAAUCUGCCAAGCCUACGGAACCUGCCAAGCCUGCCAAAGCGGCAAUGCAGUUUGAGCUGGUUCGGGUGGAUGGCACUACGCCUCCUCUGGAGAGGGCCGAGGCUGUCAAGAGGUUCGUCACCGAGCCUCAGGUCCGGGUGGCCAUAGUGGGCGUGACGGCGGGCGGCGUGGGCUUGGACUUUAGUGCGGCACAGACGAUUGUGUUUGCGGAGAUCCCGAGGGCGGCAGCUGACCUGCUGCAGGGGGAGGACAGAGCCCAUCGGAGAGGGCAGAGAUUCCCUGUGAAUGUGGUGGUCUUCUGUGCUAAGGACUCACGGGACGAGACGGCGUGGCAGAAGUUGUGCCGCAGUGCGGAGAGAGUGUCAGCCGCUGUGGAUGGGGGGAAGAAGCACGAAGUGGGCCUGCACGUGGAUAGCGUAAUUGACCAAUCUGCUGUCAAAAGGGCAAGGGGGGCGAGAGGGAUUGAGAUGUGGCAAAGGACUGCUGGGGAGGGGGGGAAGCAGCAAGAGGUGGGGUUGCUGGUGGAUGGCGGGAAGCAGAGGGAGGGAGGGUUGCUGGUGGAUAGCGUUAUUGACCAAUCUGCUGUCAAAAGGGCAAGGGGGGAGAGAGGGUUGAUGGAAGACGAAAGGGGAAACAUGGAGAAGGGAUACGCUAGAGAAGAUAGGGAAGAAGCGAGCGAGGAGGGUGGAAAGGUGACGACGAGGGGAGCAACAGGUGUAGAGAAGGGGCCAGACAGCUCCAGUGGUUAUGAAAUGCUGGGAAUGGAUAGUCCUCGUAGGGAAGUGGGAAGUGGAAGUGGGAAAGGCGUGGGGUAUCAUCACACAGGUUUGCGGGAGGAAGUAAAGGGAGCGGAGGAGGAUGCUGAAGCACAGAAGUGGGCGCAGAUAAGGCCAGAGGGCCUGCGGUUCGAGGUGAGCACCCACACGGGCAGAAUACAUCUUUUCUUCAGCCAUCCUGGCCGUCCGUUCUCGCCGGUUCCCCUCGAGCAAAACUUUCAUCCUGAAGAUCUGGACCUCGUUAUUAGCACCCCUCUUUGUGUCACGGGCAGGAAGAAGCAGCACGACGGGAAGGCAGGAGCCGAUUAUACCCCUGGUGACAAUAACGAGGGUGACAGCAAAGCGGAGGAUGACCAGUGUGACAAAAACGAGAGUGACAGAAACAACAAUUGUGGCAACAAAAAAGGUGACAGCAGCAAGAAGGAAGGUUCCUCGGCAGGUUCCCCCCAACUCGUGGACUCGGAGGAUCGGAUGCCGCCAAUCCUGCGGCGACACGUGGCGCUACGAGAGGCCGCCAGGUCAUUUGUCAGCGAGUGGGGAGCGCUGAAGCCGCAGCACCGGAGGAAGCUGCUUGGAAGGGUCCUGGCGCUUCCUGUGGCAGAGGAGCUGGAGCGAAUGCUGUUCCCGCUCCCGUUCGGCGAGGUUAUGGGCAUGGCAGGGACGUGUGGCAGCAAGAGGCGGUGGGCGACCAGAGGGGAUAUUCUCACUGCUGCUAGGGAGGGGAGAGGAGUGGAUGGUGGAGGGGCAAACGGGUCAAGAGGUGCAGGUGUGGGGACAUCAGCAGCCGCAGGUGUGGCAGCAGGAGGGGUAGCAGCAGGAUUGGUGGUGGUGGAGAGGGAGACGAGGGCAGUGAGGGUGCAUGGUAGAGGCACUCGCAUGCGCACAGAGUGGCAGCUGUGGGGCCGGCUGGGUGCUGCAGUGCCAGGAGUAGCAGGAGUAGCAGGAGGAGGAGGAGGAGCAGGAGGAUUAGCAGGAGGAGGAGGAGGAGGAGGAGGAGAAGCAGCAGGAGGAGUAGCAGCAGGAGGAGCAGAAGCAGCAGCAACAGGAGAGGUUGCAACACCAGCCGGGGCAGACAAAGCAAAAGCAGAGGCAGCGACAGAGAUAGCAACAGCAGUAACAGCAGCCAAACUAGCAACUGCAGAAGCAGUAGGAGCACCAGCAGAAGCAGCAGCAGCAGAAAGAGCAGGAGGAGCAGCAGCAAUAACAGCAAGGGCAGAAUCAGAAACAGCAGCAGCGGCAGUAGAAGCAGAAACCGAAGCAGCAGUAGCUGACGCACACGAAGACAAGCAAGCAGCGCCAGGUGGUACUGCUGCAGGCGUGUCAUCCAAUGAGAGGCUGCCACGUGGCAGCAUUCACUGGGUCCCACUCUGCCGCAUGUGCGGGCAGAUCUGCCGGACACACGCUGCAAGGGCGCCAACAGUGCUCCGCCAUCUCUUCUGCUCCGAAUCCUGCUUCUCCACUUACCUUUCUCGCACCUCCCUCUCCUUCCUGCGUCAGGAGCUUUUCUCACUGGAACGCGGAGUGUGCGUGACGUGCAACCUGGACUGCCACACUCUAGUCGCCGCAAUAAGAGUCCUCCCUCCUAGUGACCGCCGGCGGGUCAUUCUCCACUGGGCGCCCCAAUUUUCCAAGCACCCCAAGCUUCUCCAGCGUCUAGUGGACAUCCCCGCAGAGGGCAACGCAUGGCAUGCCGAUCACAUAGUGGCAGUGGCAGAAGGGGGAGGGGAGUGCGGAGUGGAGAACCUGCGAACGCUCUGCGUCGCCUGCCACCAGGAGCACACCAACGCCCAGAGACGCAAGUGGGCGGAGGAGAGGAAAAGAGCUAGGGCUGCUCUGAUGGCUCUUGAAGCCAAGAGGAGGAGAGCGGGGGAAGGGGAGGGGGGAAAGGGAGGGGAGGAGGGGAAGGGGGGGGAGGGAGGCGAAGGGGGUGGGAAGAAGGGGGAUGUGAAGUCGGGUGUGGGCAAGGAGGGUGUGAAAGGGAGGAAGAGAAAGAGAGGCGUGAAGGAGGGUGAGGCUGGGGAAGAGGCGAAGAGGAGUGUUGUUGACACUAGUGUGGCGGGGGAUGGAAGGUGUGAGCCUGGAGCCCCUUUCUUGAGACCUUCGGCUGCUGCGUUGAGUAUAGUGGCUGGAACGGUAGAGAAGCGGCAGAAGGGCAAAGGCUCCCAGGUGAGAGCGGAAAAGGGAGGGAAGGGGGGGCGUGAUGGGAAGGGGAAAGAUAGGGAGAGGGAAGAGGAAGGCCUGGCAGCUUGCACAGGGGUGGAGGAUGGAGAAGGGCAGAAGAGGGAGGAAGGUGAGAGGGAGCAAGGUGAGAGGGAGGAAGGUGAGAGGGAGGAAGGCGAGAGGGAGCAAGGUGAGAGGGAGGAAGAUCAUACGAAGAGGGAGGGUAAGAACGGGAAGGAGGUGAGAGUGGCGGUGAGAGCAAGAGGUAGCAAGUCCGCAGCAGGGUUGACGAUGUUCGACUGUUUCAGGCGAGCGGGAGGGGAUUGUGUCGAGAGAAAGGCGGCUGCAGGCGCGGGACGAGGGGAGGAAGAGGAGGGAGGGCGGACGAGAGUGACCGGUGGUGGUGGUGAUUGCGAGGGGGAGAGUGUGAAACGGAGGAAGGAGAGAGGGGGGUGCGAGGGUAAGGGAAGGGAGCGCAGGAAGAGGGGGAGACAGGAGGACGAGGGGGAGGAGAAAGGUGAGUGUGCGGGUACCGCAGAGGAGGGAAGUAGGCUUGAGCGUCGGGCUGGGGAGGUGGCCGGUAGUGGUCGAGGGGAUGUGAGCUUACAAGCUGUGCUUGCACCUGAAGCGAGAGUACUGAGUGGAUCACACGUGAAUCUGCGUGUGGAGUCUGAGAUGGACGCCUUGCGUCGGCUCUUCCUUCCUGUCGUGCAUGCUGCAUGCUCUCCCCUCGCAUCUCGCCAAGAGGCGAAGGCUUUUGGGCCGACUCGAAACGUCUCCCCGCCUGUUCAGAAGCAUGUGGGAGAUUUGACUGGGGGCAGAGUAGAGGAGGAAGCAGAAGCAGAAGUGGCGGAUUCUUUAGAGGUGGUUGAUCUGACAGGGCAGGAAGACGAUGAGGAGGGGCGUGGUAACCUUGAGAAGAGUGUGCAGCGGGAGGGAGUGUCCGAAGGUGGGGUGGGCAGGUAUGGCGUGGAGGACGAUGGGGAUGGUAUGUGGGAGGAUAGUGUGUGCCAAGCUAGGAAGACGAAAAGAGAUGGAGAUAUGCAGCAGACGAUGCUUCCACAGAGGCGGAAGAAAGGGGCAUCUAAGAGCAAGGGACUUGGUGUCGGGCGGGAGGCUAUGGCGGUGGGGGUGAGGCUUGGGAAGGACGUGGAUGCUGACUUGGCAGCAUUGGGACCUGUUAAGAGCAAGGGAGGUUGCGUCGGGCGGGAGGCGAUGGAGGUAGGGGUGAGGCUUGGGGAGGACGUGGAGGGUGGUUUGGCAGGAUUGGGGGAUGAUGAUGAGGAGGAGGGUGUAGACACUGGUGCACACAAGGAGUCGGGGGAAAUACCUUUCCACACAAGGACACAAGAAGGUGCGAAAGGAGCAUUGGUUUUUGAGGCGCCUCAAAAAGAGGGAGACACUGGUGCUCAGAAGGAGAGGGGGGAAAUACGCACAGGAGAAGGUGCGAAAAGAGCAACGGACGCGCGAGAGAUGUGCGAGGCAAGGCUGGGAGAGGGACGAAAUGCAGCAGCAGGCGGGGUUUGCUUUGACAAGUAUGCACACAAGAAGCCAGGUGGCAGGAGGGAGAAGGGAAGUGCGAGGCAGGGGAUAGUGAAUAGAGCCAUGUGCAAGGAACUGCAAGGGGAGGUUCCAGCGGGCGUGAAUGAGUCAAGAAAGGGCCAGGUCAUGGUGCUGCAAAGGGAGCAUCCAAUAGGUGCAAGGGAGCUGGGUCAAGGAGCAUUGCCUGAUGUGGGGGGGGUUGAUGCUGGGCAAAAAAGGAGGCGAAGCUGUGAUGUUGAGAAUGGACGGAAGAUCGAGUGCUUGAAAGUGUCGCACAAGCGUCCGAUUACCGGCAAACGGAUUGCUGAUUCUGGAAUAGCCAAGAGGCAAGAUGUCAGUGGGAGGGCCAGUUUGGAGGCAAGCAUGGCGGCUGGUGAUUGUGAGGAAGUGGUCUUCGAUGUGCUCCAAGGUGGGAUGAGAGCUUGUGACUCAAAUGAGUUGCUUGCAAAUGAUUUUGAUACUGAAAGAUUUGGCAAGCAUAGAGUUGCUGCUGAGGCAACUCAAGAGGAUGUGGCUAACUACACUAUUGCUGGGAAGAUUCGAGAAGAACGAGGUUUUGAUGGGCUUAUGAAGAUGUGGAGUCAUAUUGCAAAAGUAUCAAGAGGAUCUCCCCUUUGAAAUAAAGCUUUGGGCUCUUUGUC